AUGCAACAGCAGCAGAUGCCACAGAAGUUUGCAGGACAGCCUUAUGCAGCACUGCUACAGUCACACUUACCGCAUGCACUAGUACAAGGUGAGACUGCCGCUGGUGCAGGCACAUCAGACUCCAGAGCCAAGCGCGUUUUGACGCGCAACAGAAACUACAACCAGUAUGGGAAGUAUCGGGGAGUGAGGAAGCGUGGGGCGUCUGGCUACAUUGCGGAGAUUAAGGACACGACUCACGGGUUCCGCAAAUGGUUGGGCACGUUUUCUUCUGCAGAAGAGGCGGCUCGGUUGUUCGAUAGAGCUGCUUUUGGUGUCCGAGGCUCAAAGGCGAAGCUCAACUUUCCAAAAGUAUUUUUCCAGGAAAGGGGAGCAGUGGGUUCCAAUUCUGCAGAUCCAGAAGCACCGGUUCAGAUGGAAGCCGCAGGAAUGGAGGAAGGUAAUAUUGGUGACAAAGGUCGCCUGCGAGUGCCAAAGAUUAGGUUUGUGAAGCAGCAGGAAGGGGAGAUGGUGAUGGAGGAGGGGGGGGAGGAGGAGGAGGAGGAGGAGGAGGAGGAGGAGGAGGAGGAGGAGGAGGAGGAGGAGAGAGGGUAA